UUCGCCUCAACUGACGACGCGCCAGUCGUCCAUCCGACAUGACCGCACGCGCGUUUUCUUGCGCUCGUCAAACCUUCGUCGUCAUUUCGCUCUCGUUCAGCCACCGUCGCUUUUCGUGUUUUUCUUUGGUGCGCGCAGGAUAAUAAACCAACACCAAGAGACUUUCCGCAUGCUGUAACAUCACAAGGCGUUUUUUUUUCACACAAGGAAUCCAAAAUGGGGUUCGGUUCCAAAGAUGAGUGGUGUGGAACCAUCGUCAAGUACAGCAUGUUUUUGUCCAAUUUUAUCAUAUUCAUUGGAGGCAUUGUAUUGGUGGCCAUAUCAGUGUAUACGCUGUACGAUAAGUCAUUCAUCAAAGAACUUUUAGGCACCAACUUGUUCACAGGAGCCGUGUAUAUAUUAAUCGUAGCAGGCAUUUUAUUGUCACUUCUUUCAUUCUUGGGAUGCGCUGGAGCUGUCAAAGAAGUCAAGUGUAUGCUACUGACGUAUUUCAUAAUUCUGUUCAUUAUAUUCAUCGUGAUGCUCGUUGGAGGGAUAUUAUGUUACGUGUUCAGGCAAAGGGUGCAGACGACUAUGCAACAAGAGAUGCUCAGGACCAUAAGGUUCUAUGGUGACGACCGGGCCAUAACUAGAGCUUGGGACGACCUCCAAGAAGGAUUACACUGUUGUGGGGUCACUGGCUACGAUGACUGGAGGCAGCACAGGAUUGGCGGAAUCAUUCCCAGCAGCUGUUGUCAAGAGAUCAACGGAAAGAAACAACCAUGCAAUCUGAGUUUCCAAGCGAGCCUACAGAUAUACAAUACCGGCUGCUUGAAUGUGACCACUGCUUUCAUGAAGGACCACGCGACUACUGUCGGGACCGUUGGUAUAGCCGUGUCACUGUUCCUAUUAUUUGGAUUGGCAUUUUCAUGUGCAUUGUUCAUGAUGAUCGUUUAGAAUAUUAGAUGACAUUUAUAGAAAAGCAAAGAGUUCAUCGUCUUGGAAAACAAUGUUAAAAUAGCCAUUUAAGUAGGGAAAAAAAGGUCAUAUAAAUUAUUUUCAAUACAUUUGCCAUUAUGAACCAAAUUAUCGUCGUCGGUAAUCUGGCGACAACAUAAUUAUACAUUCAUAUAUUUUAUAUUAUAAUAUUAUGGUAUAGUGUAUACACCAUAUAU